GGCCGGGCCGGGCCGCGGAGCGCGACGGGCGGCGCGGAGCGGCCGCGCCCGGGCAGGAGCCGCCGGCGGCGGGAGCGCAGCGGAGCCGGGCGGGCCGCGCCAUGCGGCUGUGCGGGGCGCUGCUCAAGAGCCCCAUCCCCAAGCAGAUCGAGUACUACUCGCGUUUCUCCCCCUCGCCCCUCUCCAUCAAGCAGUUCCUCGACUUCGGUCGUGACAAUGCCUGUGAGAAGACUUCGUACAUGUUCCUGCGGAAGGAGCUUCCUGUGCGACUGGCGAACACCAUGAGGGAAGUCAAUUUGCUGCCUGAUAAUUUACUGAACAGGCCUUCGGUUGGGCUGGUACAGAGCUGGUACAUGCAGAGUUUCCUUGAGCUUUUAGAAUACGAAAAUAAAAGUCCUGAGGAUCCUCAUGUUCUGGAUGACUUUUUAGAUGUUUUAAUUAAAGUCAGGAACAGACACAAUGACGUGGUUCCAACCAUGGCACAAGGGGUGAUUGAAUACAAGGAAAAAUAUGGCUUUGAUCCAUUUGUUAGCAGUAACAUCCAGUAUUUUCUAGAUAGAUUCUACACCAACCGCAUCUCUUUUCGUAUGCUUAUUAACCAACACACACUUCUGUUUGGUGGAGAUAUUAAUCCUGCUCAUCCCAAACAUAUUGGAAGUAUUGAUCCUAAUUGUGAUGUGACAGAGGUGGUUAAAGAUGCUUAUGAAACAGCUAAGAUGUUAUGUGAACAGUACUAUACCGUGGCACCUGAUCUGGAAAUUGAAGAAUUCAAUGCUAAAGCUCCCAACAAGCCUAUUCAAGUAGUCUAUGUACCUUCUCAUUUGUUUCAUAUGUUAUUUGAAUUAUUCAAGAAUUCAAUGAGAGCUACAGUGGAAUUGCAUGAAGGUAAGAAAGAAGCCUAUCCAUCGAUCAAAACCUUAGUCACUUUGGGGAAAGAAGAUCUAUCUAUUAAGAUAAGUGACCAAGGUGGAGGUGUACCUCUAAGAAAAAUAGAGAGAUUGUUUAACUACAUGUACUCAACAGCACCCAGGCCCAGUCUGGAGCCCUCGAGGGCUGUGCCUUUGGCUGGGUUUGGCUAUGGGUUGCCAAUUUCUCGUCUGUAUGCGAGGUACUUUCAAGGUGACCUUAAACUCUACUCAAUGGAAGGUGUGGGUUCAGAUGCUGUUAUUUAUUUGAAGGCCCUUUCAAGUGAAUCAUUUGAAAGGCUUCCUGUUUUUAAUAAGUCAGCAUGGCGGCACUACAAGACCACACCUGAAGCAGAUGACUGGAGCAAUCCUAGCAGUGAACCAAGGGAUGCUUCUAAAUACAAAGCUAAUCGAUAAUUUGCCACCUUUUGUCUCUGUUGGAGAUGACCUCUGCAUUCAGUAUAAAGUCUCUGCUUUGUUCCAAAAUCCUUCAAACCACAGUAGCUAAUUACUUCCAAACAAAGACCUAAUCAGGGCAUUGAAAUACUAAGAACAAAGUGAUGAUUGGGACUUGAAGGAAGGCACUGAGCACGUUUGGUAUGUGAAUCCUGUGUACUUCACCAGAAUAUGCUUGGUUGCUUCAGUCAUGCAUUGACAAAAGGGAUUGCACUGUGAUUGCACUUAGGAACACGAUGUUGUAACAAAAAGAUACUAUUUGAAGGGGCCAAUUCUUAUUCCAAUGUAAGGAUUGGUAGGAUGUGCAGAAUCCCUUAAAGUGGUGAAUAGUAUCUUGCACAGCAGUAUGGUGUAAGAGAAAAAAUCCGACGUAGUUAAACGUGUGCUUCAUGCAGCAUUUUGUAUUGCACAGUGUCACCCCUAAGAGAAAAUCCCUUUGAGCUCUUCUGAUCUUAUCUCUAGUGAGUUUAUAAAUGCAUAGUUCUAAAAGGGUUGUGCAGCUUUAAAUUGAUGCUUUCUCCAAAUUCCCAAACCCAUUUGCCAUGUGCAUACAAAAGUUGUGUUGUUACAAGACGGUAGGACUUCCACUUCUUGGAAUGCAACUUAAUGAUUUUCUUGACACAGAAAUGCAUUUCUGUGCAUUUUUCCUUGUUUUGAGGAAAGUUCCUAAGUAGUUAGAUCACUUCUUCAUACAAGAAAUUCUGUCAAUACAGGGGCAGGGGGUAAUUCAAGUUCCUAUUUGCUUAUCAUUUUAGAGGAAUUGGGGAGGGGAGAGAAAUGCUGAGAGGCCAGACAGCCAGUCAUACAAAUGAAUUUGCCUUAAGAGUGUUGGUUGCUUGAAACCUGAUUAGUUUAAAACCUGUAAAUAGUUUGCAAAGUUAUUUAUACCUUCAAUGUCUGACUACAGUCUGGUAAUCUGAAUUUGUAGUGUAUAUAAAGAUAUGGUACACCAGCUUUUGGAACAUGUCAUUGGUCUAAGUACAUGAACUGGAAAUACAGUAGAAAUGGGAGGGACAAAAUGUGGCCAGUACCUGGUUAAAGUUAAAAAACAUCAAAGACGAAAAAUAUACAAAUAUUUUCCCCUUAAACUUAUUGUAAGGGUCAUUGCUGACUACUAGAAAACUGUUCUUCACAAAGUCUUUGCCAAAUGCUUUUUCUGAUACUAUGGCCUUUCAGAAAAAGCAGUGAAACUUAGAAGCUCCAGUGAUUACAUUAGCCGUGGCAAUAAAGGAGAUGAGUUGUAAGCAGCUCUGAUGCACCCUCAAUUUCUCUUAGGUGUUUUGAUAUUUUUUGGAAAGCUAAUAGAGAUUUUAGCAUGGAAAAGUGAACCUUGUUUACUGGAAUUGUGGGGGAACUGUCCCUUUUGUCCUCCCAGUAUUUAUUUUUCUAAAGAACUGAUAUUAGGGAAAUGCUGAGAAAUUCCUAGGUAUUUUAAAAAAAGAAAAAGAAUCUUAGUUUGACUUAACAAUAGUACUUUGCACUUCAUAGCACAUCUCAUUGAAGGAUUAUAAAGUGCUUUGAGCAAUAAACUCCAUAGAGCCCCA